AUGCGGAGCGUGGGCACCCGCACCACCCAGCAGAACAGCCUGCCUCGCGCCCCCCCACCACCCCCCUCUUCUUCCUCCACCUCCAACUCCACCCACAGGGGCAGGAGCUUGGAAGAUAGGAGUUACAGUAUCGAGAGGUCCUCUCAGCAACCUCCUCCCCUGACCCAUGCUAAGGGGACUACGGCGGACGAACGCAGCUUUGCCACCGUCGAGAACUCUUCUACUUACUACGGCAGUGAGCGUCCUCUGCCGCUCUGCGAGGGGACAGAGAGAGAGAGGGCCCCCGUCCAUAACAACGGCAACAGACAUGUCUCCAAUGGCAAUAGGGGCAUUCCCAAUGGGAGCCGAGCGGCAGCGGCGGGUAACAGUGAGAGGCAGGUGGCCAAUGCAGUGUUUCUGAAUGGAGGCGGGCGGCGUGAUGGGCGGGACCAGAGGGAUGGGCGUGAUGGGGGUAGAGAGGUACCAAGAGGGGCGGUGAGUUUGGAUAUUUGUGGGAACAACGUGCUGAACAAUGAUAAGAACAGUAGCCAACAGCUGGCUCAGUACAAGGAGGCGGCCAGCGCAGCCAAGCUGGAUAACCAUAACAACCCCCCCAACAUCCUCCCCAUCUCUGGGAAGAUGGAACAGAGCAACGAAGGAUUGGUCCGCCCGUCGGCCUUUAAGCCUGUGGUACCCAAGAGCUUCCACUCCAUGCAGAAUCUGAUGUGCCCCCCCCAAACCGGAGGAGUGGGCCGCAGCGCCGGAGGAGGGUCUGGAGGUGGUGGGGGUCCCAGUGUAACAGGACCCCUCAGAGACACAGACAGCCCUGGCAGCCGGGGUGGAGGUACCAGAGGCGGAGGAGGGGGCGGCAGCAGGGGCGGAGGCCAGGGGAGCCUGUCCGACUCAGGGAGGAAUUCUCUGACCAGCCUGCCCACCUAUGCUGGCUCGGGCUACGGGCCUCCGCCUGUCCUGGGGCCCCUGAGUGCCUCUACCAGCCACAUCAACCACCUGGGGGCCACGGGGGCCCCGGAGAAGUUGGACAAGCCUGGUGGCAUUAGCGGUAGCGGCGGUAAUAGUGGAUACCAGAACGGACUGAGCAUCUCGGAUAGUGGUCGCUCUUCCUCCGGGAAGAGCUCCUUGUCCUAUCAGAGGCUCAGCCACCUGAGUGACGCCCCCGCGCCGCUCCGCCCCUCUCCCUCCUCCGAUGACGUCAUCCAGGACCUGGAGGACCGGCUAUGGGAGAGAGAGCAAGAGGUUCUCCACAUGCGCCGUAACCUGGACCAGAGCGAGGCGGCCAUCGUCCAGGUGUUUGAGGAGAAGCAGCGCGUGUGGGAGCGCCAGAUGGACGAGCUGCGACAGAACUAUGCCUCACGCCUGCAGCAGGUGACGCGUCGCGCCCAGCGCUCCCAGAGUGCCUUGCAGGCCCAGAUCAGCCGUCUGUCGCUGGAUAAGCGGCGCCUACAGGAGGAGAUGGCUGCACUGCUGGCCCAGAAGGAGGAGCUGGAGAGGAAGUGCCUGGACUACAGGAAGGAGCAGGCUGACAUUCUGCCCCGCCUGGAGGAGACCAAGUGGGAGGUGUGUCAGAAGGCGGGGGAGAUCUCCCUGCUGAAGCAGCAGCUGAGGGAGAGCCAGGCGGAGGUGACCCAGCGGGCGGGGGAGAUGGUGGCCCUGCGGGGCCAGCUGAAGGAGGUCAAUGCCCAGCUGAGGGACCGGGAGGAGGCCAUGCUGGGCCUCAAGGACUCUUACAGCACCAAGAGCCUGGAGCUGGAGCGCUGCGAAGGGGAGCUGCAGAGGACGCUGACUGAGGUCUCUCUGCUGAGGGACAAGCUGGGCAUGUUUGAGGCUGAGGUGGUGGGGCUGAAGCGGGCUCUAGGUGAGAUCAGUGCGAGGGAUAGGGCUAUCGAGGCUAGGGGUGGCGGAGGAAGCAGGGAAGCAUCCAGGACCAGAGGGGGGCUUUCCUCCCCACACAGCCCACCUGAGGGCUCUGCCUUCUCCUACCCAGCCCUGCCUCCACCCCCUGUACCUCCCCCAGAUGCCAUACUGAGUUUGCAGAGCGAUGAAGCUAAAGUUCAGCGCCAGGAGGCCCACCAGCGCCAGGAGGCCCACCAGCUUCAAGAGGCUCAAUUGCGGCAGGAAAUCCACCAGCAGCGCCAGGAGGCCCACCAGCAGUGGGAGGAAGCGGGGGAUCUGCGUCGGCAGCUGGAGCGCCUCCAAGGCGAGCUGCGUCUCGAGCGGCAGCAGCGCGAGCGGCAGGCCCUCACUUUCAAGAAGGAGCGCCACGUGUGGAUGGACGAGAAGGAGCGUGUGCUCAAGUACCAGGCCCAGCUGCAGCUCAGCUAUGUGGAGACCCUGCAGAAGAACCAGGCCCUGGAGCUCCGCGUGGGCCAGCUGGGCUCCAAGCUCACCUCCACCAACACCACCCCCACGCCCACCUCACCACCCCGACAGUCCCUGGCCCCCAUCCCCCUGCCUGCCCCCGUCACCCCCCUACCCUCCCUCUCUCUCUCCCCACCUCCCCUCGCCGAGGACAAGAAUCCCCCCCCCGCCCUCCACCAGCUGGCCCCCCCCUGGCCGGUGCCCACCCGUCUGGAGAGGAUAGAGUCCACAGAGAUCUAG